AUGGCCGACCACGACCAAGACCACGACCCCAACGACAAGCGAUCGGCCUCGCGCACGCGCAACUCGCGUCCCACGACCCCGAUGCGCCCGACGACGCCCCUGCGCCCCUCCUCACGCUCCUCCUUCCGCGAGUCCGCCCGUGACAGCGUGCACGGUGGCGAGUCGUUUCCCCUCAACACCUUCGAGCCAGCCUUCGCCGAGCUCUCGGACGCCGUCGCCGACCUCGAGGCCAAUAUGAUGCACUUCCAGUUGAUGCACGAGAGCCUGGCCCGCUUCAGCGAGUCGUUUGCGAGCUUCCUGUAUGGCCUCAACAUGAACGCUUUCUGCGUCGACUUUCAGGAGGGUCCUGUUGCGGAGUCUUUCCGGCGCGCAAAGCAGCAGGAAGAAUCCAAUGUACACGCGGGGACAGGUACGCACUUCAGACGUCACAACACAACGGCAUCUUCGCGAAGACUAACGCUGGGCUUCUUAGGAAUUCCUCGCGCACCAGAGAAGCCAGGUCCCGAGAAUGACGGCGAAACAACUUUCAUGACUACGGACGUUUCGUUCAUCGAAAACCCUCCCGCCUCCUCCAAGCCGACCCCGAGAUACAAGACCCCUACCACCAGAGGUUCCCGCGUCCCGGCCCCCGCCACCCGCGGUACGACAACGCGGGGCCGUGCAGGAGGUCGCGGAGGCACCGAGACGCAGAGAGGCCGGGGUGGUGGACUCGUCCGGCCCCGUGGCCGUGGCAUUCGGUGA